UUACAUUUGUAAAAACUUAAUUUUGAUUCCCGAAGCUGUAAAUACUUAGUAGAUGUGGUGCUAUGAUCACUGCACGCAAAACAAUAUGUGCAAGACUCAACCAGUGUGGCUAGGAUCAUUUAUUGAAACAAUCGUAUAACUGUGCGAUAAAGCGAAACUUGUCACUUAAACUGAUUUAUGGUACUAAAAUGUCACGGAGAAUCAUUCUCGCUGCCAUAGGGAUUUGUGCUAUGUUCCUCCUGUCUUAUUUUGGAGUGUCCAGUGGAUUAACAGGACAUGUUUGCACCAGAACGGAAGACAGAAACUUCACAAGAUUGGUCAAACAUUAUCGAUCUUGCAGAACGGUAGUACCAUGUGGACUCUGGGACUGGGGCAGAUGUACCAGCUACUACGACUGUAGCACGUACAGCUUAGCCUACGACACUCUCCCAGUAACAGUAGAAUACUGCUGUGAUGGGUGGACCGCUGGGAUCAACGCGACAAACACUAGCAGUUGUGACAUACCUGUUUGCGCUGCAGGGUGUGAGAAUAAUGGCGAUUGUAUAGCGCCCGACACCUGUAAAUGCCAGCCGCCUUACCACGGCUUGACCUGUAAUGAAACUUAUGACCCCUGUCAGGACCACGCGGAACUCACGGUGGGUUUUGAGAGGAGCACAAAUAACACCAACUUCACCACCAAUCCCAAAUGUGACUCUUUACUGCUGAGGACCUGGUACAAGAUAGGUCACUCCCCCAUCUUUCACCUGCCUACGACCUGCCCUGGGUCACCAGCUUGUGGGACGACUGGACCGGUUUGGAUGAAUACAACCAACACGUCUAUACCAGAGGGGGACAUGAUAACCUUAGAAGCAUGUGUUGGGUCGCCUGACAGCUGCUGUGAAUCCUUGCUGCCAGUGCAAAUCAAGAAUUGUACAGACUUUACGGUUUACUAUCUUAGUCCGACGGCGGCAUGUCCACAAGCAUAUUGCUUUGAGGUUCCACCUUGCGUUGGUUGUAACAUAACAGUGUGUCCAGAUGGAUACGUCGCUAUGGAUGGGAAUUGUGAAGAUAUUGAUGAAUGCCUGGUUGCAAAUGGUGGCUGCGGUGAUCGGUGCGACAAUCUAAAUGGAUCAUUCGCGUGUGCUUGUACGGACCCAGGAUAUAUUUUAGGAGCAGACUUUCGCUCGUGCGACGAUGUGGACGAGUGCAGUACCUCUAAUGGUGGGUGUGAAGAUACAUGCACCAACAUUAUAGGUUCUUUCCUGUGUUUCUGCAACCAAGAUGGCUACCAGUUGGGAAAUGACUCUCAAUCGUGUGAAGAUGUCAAUGAAUGUGCUGUCAAUAAUGGUAGCUGUAGUGACAUUUGCAUCAACACCAACGGCUCCUACCACUGCGAAUGUAACGAGGCUGGCUUUGUCCUUGGAGGCGACGCUCACACUUGCCAAGCUGUCAUUGAAGAGUUUAAUUUUACGGCCGUUUUUAAUGGAACUACAACAAGUACAAUAACGCAAGACAUUUCUUCCGAGGCACCACAGGAGACAACUUAUUCAGCGACGCCACAGGAGACAACUACUUCAACUACUCCACCGACGACUGUGCGGACCACAACAGUGACGAGUACACCCGUAAGCACAAUCGUACAGCCGUGUAGUAACAACCUGUGUAUGAAUAAUGGCGUAUGCUUACCAUUCACAACGGGCGUCGCUUGUAACUGUACUGGGACUGGGCACACUGGUAUGAAUUGCGAAAAAGAAGAUGUGUUUUCGAAAUUGGGACUUAAGUCGUACAAUUUGCCCAGAGGAUGCUAUCUCUUAAGCUUGGUCACUGAUGGUCCCGCCGGUGUGUGUAAUCAGAUUUGGCUGUCGUCUACAUCUGCUUGGUUUAAAUCAACCCAAGAAACAGAUACUUUUUUCACGUUUGGAAUAGUUUUCUUUGAAAACAAAGGGUCUCCCCUUUCAUCGAACGGCCUCCAGAUAACCAACCACACCCUCACAGUGUCUUCUUUAACUCCAGCUCAGUCUGUCAACGACGGGACACGCCUCCCAGCGACUUCCAUCCUACAAGAGCGAUGUACUGCGUCUGCUUUCACGACGGAAGACGAUGGUGACUUUCUUCAAAGAAACUCCUUUCUUCGAAGUCUCCUUUCGUCGACUGAGAUCCAGUUCCCGGGUAAUAUACGGUUAGAGCCCCUUUUGAAGUAUGAAAGCACUCUGUCUCCACGAUUUGAUAUCAGUAUUGUUGCCGGCAGUGAGCUGUUGGACGAGAACAACGCUGUGCACAGUAGUUGUCAGGGGGCGCCACUGUCCCCUGAUGUAUUCUACAAUAUAUUAACAUUCCAAGAGGGUGUGAAUUUUACGUACUGGGGAACUAGCUUAAUUCUUCCGACAUUAUCUGGAGACGAAAAUUAUUGUUUGAUUUUGGACAUGUGCGGGGAAAGAGAUAUGACUUUCUUCUUUCUAUUUCCUGGAGACAAAGUUGAUUUGGCCGGUAGAUUUGACGUACUUGGUGCAGUAAGCUCGUUUGGAUUUCACGGGAGUGUACAUGGAAUUGGCAUGUCAACCACACGACGAAUUGAAGUCAAACUGCCCGAGUCGACGGGAGAGUUUUGGAAUGGGGAUGAAAAGGUCGCAUUCAGCUUGCCCUCAGAAGCUAACGUCUGGAUAAUGACAGAGAUGGAAAAUUCGGAAUGGCCGCUCCUUCUCUGGGAGGCGCAAGGAGAUGCCUUCUUUAAAGUACCCAAUCCUGUUGACUUGACAGAGUACAGCCGCUCAGAAGAGUACGUCAUGGUGAUGGCGUCAUCUGCGUCAAUGGACAUUGUCUUGGACACAGCGCUGGGUCCGGUUGUCCUAGGGGGCGCCGUUGCCGAAAGCUCAGUGUACCUGUCCGUAGGAGGAUCUCAACAACGGCGUCUUUGCGGUGACGGUGCCAACCCAGCAGGCUUGUUUUUUACGAUGCACCUUAACUUCAACCCACUGAAAGAUUUUUGGCAAUACAACGUAGCCAGAGCCGCAUUAGACGCUGCAUUUGCGGUGGUUGAUGGUGUUUGUGACGCAUUGGAUCUAAUUGCUGAUCUUAGAAAUACAACAAACACUGCUACUACAACAACACCAGCUGUUAAUACUAGAUCCACGACGACCACUAGGCGCACAACCACUCGACGGACUACCACAGCAAAAAUAGGAACAACCAAGAAACCUACAACUGCAGAGAAAAGCGCGCGUGCCAAGUGGAGAAAGAGAUCAAAGAGAGACAAGAGACCAAAAAACAAAAGCAAAAAGCGAUUACUGAAGAAUAAAGCCAAAGGCAAAAACAUGGACGCUACCGUAAAUGAAAUAGCCCAGAAGGCACCUAAUGCAACUGUAUGUAGCAUGGCUCUAAGAAGGGCUUUAGCUAUACUUCAGAAUGUUCCAAACCCACCUUUAGACACGAUCUUUGAUCUCAAUAUUGAUGUUGAUGUUUUCAUUCUCUUUGAUGACAGUCCUUUGCCAGAUGCCGAUGCAGGUAAUUCCGUUGCUCUGACGAACGACUUGAAAGUAGGUUUAUCCUUAAUCGUCAUCGAUGCACAAAACUUAACUCUGCUUCUGAACACUAGUGACGUUGAAAACCGAUUCCUUUGGGAAAGCACCCGAUCUUUGCUGAAGAAUUUUGUUUCACAAUCCAUCAAUCUCUUGUCAACCAGCAAUGCGUUUGUUACUCGCUUCAAUGGCACAGGUGUCUUCGAGAUUGGCAACACAACGAGGCCAUCAAAACUCUUGUCAUUGAAUUACGGAAGACUUUUCAGAGUCUUAAAAUGGAAGCCGAGUUAAUGCCU